AUGGAAACUUGGUUUUCGAUUCUUGGCUGGUCUCUGUCCAUUCUGACCAUAACUGGAAAUGGAUUUAUCAUCUGCCUCGUUGGAAGAAGACGGCGGCUUCGCACCAGAACCAACGCAUUCAUAGUUUCUCUUGCAGCGGCGGACUUCUGUGUUGGGCUUAGUAAUUUUCCCUCGCUUUACGUCUGCGAAGAGAUAGUUGGAUGUGACCCAAAGGCCUUCUUAGCAAGCGGGGUGGAUUAUCUAAGAUGGCUCUUUGGGUACGCUUCGGUUACAAACUUGUGCAGUUUAGUCCUAGAGCGCUACGUUGCCGUUGUGAAGCCAUUAAGGUACUGGACUUUUAUGACGCGCAAACGCGUUCUCCAGAUGUUUGUUAUCUCUUGGACCAUUCCAGUUGUUUUGGUCUUGGUUUUUUUACUGAACGGGCUUGUUUUUAGAGAGACUCUGCUGUUUAAAGUGCUGAUAUUGAUUCUUAUGUCAUUUUUAGAGUUCUUACCGUGUUGCAGUCUAAUUUUUUGCUUUGCAUCAAUGUAUUAUGUUGUUUAUAAACACGAAAGAGCCGCCCGCAUCUUGGCAAAACAACUCCGCUUUAACCAAAGAUUUUGUUUUAAAAUCCAAGAGAAGUCUGCUGUGAAAAUAAUGGCUAUUGUUAUUGGCUUGUUUCUUGUAACUUACUCGUUCGCUUUGCGAUGUAGCUUUAUUUAUAUUUUGAAUGACGACGAAAAACCGUGUGAUGAUCAAGAAUAUAAAAUACCCCUUCUUGUAUUAAACUCCGUCGUCAACCCCUUCGCUUAUGCUGUCUUCAAGAGAGACAUAAACAUGGAGAUGACACGAUAUAUUUGCUGUGUCAUGUGUACAAAAAGAAACCGCACCGAGCCAAUUGAUGAAAACAACUCUUUCAUCCUACACAGCUGUAAUGCUUAACAUGUCCAUCCAAAAAUGCAAAACUUGGACGAACGUCUUCUCGACUGUAUUCAGCUACGUUCCACGAGUUAAAAGUCCAUAAGUAAUAUUAGGGAUUUGCUGACGGUUUUUGCAUGAUGAGGGUAGUAGAAUAACCUUUCAUAGUAAUGUCUAAAAAGGAUUCUUUUUAUCUCAUCAAUCCUUACCAAUUCGUAUUUCUUUUUGUAUAUUUUAAAUCGUUUUAGUUUUUUUCUACUUUUGCCAAUCGGUCUGUUUCAUUUUAUAAUUUUGCAAACCAGUCUCUCGGUCAGUCAGUUCGUAUCUCAAUCUGUCAAUAAGAUAGUCAGUGAGACAUUCAGUCAGUCAGUCAGUUAGUAACUUAGUUAAUCAGUUAAUCAGUCAGUCACUUAGUCAGUCAAUAAGUCUGUCAGUCAAUCAGUUUCCAUUCAGUCCGUCGGUCACCCUGUCCGUCAGUCCUUCACUUGGUCGGUCGGUCGGUCGGUCGGUCGGUCAGUCAGUCAGUCAGUCGGUUAGUUGAUCAGGCAGUCACUUAGUCGGUCAGUUAGUCUGUCAAUCAGUCAGUUUUCAGUCAGUUCGUCGGUCACAUAUGCCAGUCCGUCAAUCUCCCAGUCCGUGAGUUAGUCUGUAUGUCAGUCACCUGGUCUGUCAUUCAGUCAGUCCGUUCGUCCGUCCGUCUAUGCGUCCAUCCAUCAGUCCGUCCGUCCAUCCGUUCGUCCGUCCGUUCGACCAUCCGUCCUUCCGUCCCCAGUCCCCCCGUCCGUCCGACCGUCCGUCCGUCCAUUAGUCAGUCAGUAAGUCAGUCACUCAGUCACUCAGAUCCAAUUCAUACCGUCAGUCAAUCAUUCAGUUGGUCAGGGUAUUUAGUUAUUGAAUUGUUUGGCCAGUUUUCAGUCUACAACUGAAUAAAGUGAGUGAAGAUUUUAAAGAAACUGUGGUGCUUCGUCAACGCUGGGUAUAAAAAGAUACAUGAUAUCGUUUUAUCAGGUUUCUUGACAAAUAUUGUGCCCGAAAUUAUCGCUUCUCCGCUGUGGCUUUGUUAACGACAAAUCUAACUUUGAUUGUGUUUUUCUAAGAUUAAAAGAGGAAUCAGUUAUUUCGUGGCCAGUAAGCACUGUAAUACGCACAUGAAAAACUGAGUUUUCAUCGAAGGGGAAGUUUCCUGUAGAUUUGAUUACUUAAGGUGAAAACGUGGAGAUACAUAGUCAAACAGAUAUGCUACCUGAUGCGUGAACAGUUAGUUUGGAGUGUGUAGAAUGUGUUUAUUUGACUCAAUUAAUGUUUAAGCCGAUUCAGGUGGUGUAUACAAAAGAAAGCGGGUGAAACACAGUACGAAUGCCGUAUGGCUUCUGUCGUUCGCAAACGUGAUAACGAUUAUUUUAAUUAACUUACGAUGAUCUGUCUUUUUUCUUGGACUCAAAGAAGGAAAAGCAAUCGAAAUAAACGGUUGGCUUAAAAAAUUUUUUCCUGUGCUGUGAACUGCAUUUCUGAUCAAGCCAGACAACAGAUAUGCGGUUGAAGACAUCUUCCUGAUUCGUUCGUUGGAUCAUUUGCCGCUUAGUUGUCGUUUUGUCUUAGGAAUAUGUUGAUAACAUUACCCUACUAUGCAAAUUCAGAAAGAUCUCACGAAGCCAGGUAUUCACUGAUAGCCAAAAAAUUGCUUUGGAAAACCGCUGAUGGACUUUUCAGAGAGUAAUAAAUAUAUGUAUUUUUCUAAAUUAGUAAAGAUUUUACAUUUGAAUUAAGUUCGGAUUAUAAGUAAAUCGUUAUACGUUAUCGUGCCGUUUUCAUUUUUCAAAGGAUGAACAUAUCUGGCAAGAUUUUCCGUGCAUGAAUCAUACAUAUUUACGAUUUUUUGCCGAACAUUUUAAUCUCACUGUGAUUGAUUGUGUUGUUAGACAUGAACUCAUUGUUGCACAAAUCAAUUACGUCAGCAAAACUUCAAUAGAAGUACUUUUAAAAGUAUAAUGCUUCUGGUUAUACUGAAAUUAUAUCUGCCAUUAUUGACGUGUAUAUUAAGAUAGUCCAAUCGAUCGUUUUGUCAGUUCAGCUCAGGAAAGAGAAAAUAAGGGAACAAUUAUAUUCCCCUGAGUGUUUGCGAGAACUUGUCUUCGGGACCUCGCAGUUACUAAAACCAAAACAAAACAGGUCCCGCUUUACCUUAGGGAGGUUCAAAGGUUUGCAUUUGGUUUGAAGACAUAUUAAUGAAAGUCAACAUGAUGGUGAUUAUUCACAGGAAUAGUCUUUUUCUGGUGCAGUUUUGAUAUGUAACUUUUAAACUAUAUAUUUUUCUGCGAAUCCAAUUCUAAUUAAGGGUAUGAAGAUUGAUGUCAUGCAAAUAUUCCCAUCCUGCUGCUAAAAAAGACUUAUAAGCAUUCAAGAACAAGAGAAUAUGAUUGACAUAUCUGGGUGCCUAUAAAUCCCUAAAGGUAAGUAUUCGAAUGGUGAGGCAAACAUCUAGACAUUUGUUUCGAUAACGAACGGUUGCAAUUUUUAAAAACUCGUUUAAAACUUGAACAUCGGAAACAACGACAGAUCAUAUCGAGAUGCGAGAAUAAUUUCCCAGCGUGGUGCGGAAUUUAAAAUGGACUUAAAAAAAUAACCAUCGGUGACAGGGAUAGGUUAUCACAGUUGAUAUUCUCUUGUUUAAAAGUGAAUCAUGAAAUUACCAACGAUUAGCUUUGGCAGUGGGAAUUUAACAGACGUUAGACGAAUUUAAGUGUUUUUUUGAAUGGGAGAAAGCUAAGAACUUUACUUAGACACCAUCAUAUUGAAGAAUUUUUAUGAAUAAGUUGUGAGUAGAUAGUAUCUUUCAAACAAAAUUAAGGUUUUAGCCGGCUGCUGUUAUAUGCUAGCACAUAAGGUUGACUCGUUGUAUGUCAUUAGGAUGCCAAAUCUAGCGCAAACAUGAGUUUAAUUCUCUACUAACAGUUCUCUUCCAAAUAUAUCUUGAGGAACACUUUCUCCACCUGUAUUUGAUCAUGAUAGCAGGAGUAAAAGACGUUGGAGUCCAUUAUACGAGGAAUAACUCAUGAUUUUUUAUCCAUGACAAGUCUCUGGAAAGUUAUAUGAGUAAAACUACUUAUAUUAUAAAAUAUAAACUUGGUUUUGGAUUCAUAAUGAUAUUUCAAGACAGAGCCGUUAUGAUGAAAUCAUUGCAGACGUAAGUCAUCAAAAUUGUUCAUUCUAACUUGUGUUGAGACCGAGACCAUGUAGUAUUGAUAAUAAACGCCAUACACUUUUUCCAAAAGAAGGAAGUUGUGUUUCAACGAAAUUAUAUUUUUUGAACAGGAACAGUGUCUCCACCGUUAUUAAGGAGCCUGACAUGGCGUCAUGAUGGCUCUCCGAUAUACACUUAUAUGGAGGAAAAUUCAUAGAUAUAAAAUCAACAGCUGCCUCACUGGACAACGAUCUUUCUUCAGUUGUUUCUCGUACGAUUGACAAUAUAUCUGUGUAAUAACUUUAAAAAAUAACCCUAAAGCAGAUAACAAAAUGGAAACUUGGUUUUUGAUUCUUGACUGGUCUCUCUCUAUCCUGACCAUAAAUGGAUCUAUUAUCUUCAUUGUUUGCAGCAGACGGCGGCUCCGCACCAAAACCAACGCGUUUAUCGUUUCUCGUGCAGCGGCGGAUUUCUUUUUUGGAUUGAGCACUGUCCCUUCAUUGUUCUUCUGCCAGGAAGGUGAUUGA